CUUCAAUCCCCAUCAACCAACAAUACUCAAAUUUCUAGAACACCACUAGAAAUCCACCAAGUGAACAACACCCCAUCUACCACAAUCACCACCAAAAGAGACAUCCUUUCCACAGCGAAGAUGAUCGAACUCCCCCGGUGCUCCAAGCACGAGGAGCCCUCCCACGGCGAGACCUGCCAGGAAUGCCUGGCGGUGCUGAACUCGCGCAUGGAGAACCUAGGGCUGCCGCUGAUCCCGGACAACUCGCGGCGCUGCUGCGGAACCCACCGGUGGCUCAAUGGGAUCUGCGCUAGCCCCGAAUGCCCUCGGUAUCAAGCGCAAGUGAAGCGCGAGGCGCGGGCCCACGAACCGACCGUUUUCCUUCCUUCGCGGUUCCUGGUCGAGGGAGAGGACAGUCGCGGGGGUGACGACGGCCAUCGACGCCCGCAGUUCCGGAGCUGCGUUUAUCAGGUCAUGACCAAGCGGCAGAAGGCGCUCGUGCGCGAGUACGAGGACUCCCUGCCGGAAAAGCAGCUUUAUCCCGUUACGACGACCGGUGCCGUCGAUGGCUGCCGGAUUGAGUUGGAGCGGUUCAUGGAAGGCGGGGACGAGGAACUCGAGGGAGAGGAUUUAGUGGACCUCUUGGUUAGCCGACGCAUGCAGUUUGAGCGCCAGAUGCUGGAGUGGGAGCUGCUGAAGGAGCUGGACAAUGAUCAUGAUAAUAGGACAGCCUCUGAGCAUCACAAGGGCGACACCGGCCUUAGAGAUCGAGCGUUCAAGCGGCUGCAGGCUUCGGGCUGGGAAACUGCCCUCCCAACUAAACGCGGUAGUCCACAGGAUAUCUUGCGUUAUCUGCUGCAUGUCUUCGAGCCGGAGCGUUACGAUGACUUCAUCGAUGAGUUCGGAGAUCGAGGACUGAGUCCUAGCACGAUCAAGGCAAUUAAAACUGGGCUACUAAAUCUUUUAGCUGAGACACGGCCUAAUCACUAUAAGCUGUGUAAGCAGUUGCAUGCGCAGCCGCAGCUCAAUUACAAGCAGGAGGUGAAGUUGUGAUUCUCGUUCUUUAACAUAAUGUCGGCCCUGUUUUUCGUCUUGCACCGCAGGUUCUCCCUGCCUUUGACCAGUUCAUAAGCCUCCCGUUUCCAGGCGCCGGGCUCGAGAAUCUCUUAUUCUAUCAGCGUAAUAAUACCGCUGAGCCCCCCUGGUCCUCAAUCUUGCAUUUCUCCAUGUCUUUGAGCAGUUUGAUAGCAUUUUAAGCAUAU